GUGUAGUAGGUCAGUGUGCGGCCAGACGCUCGCCCAGUAGAAUCGGUCCGCGCAAAGUUAGGCAACGUUCAGUUCUUCAAAUAUAUACGAGUUUCUGUUCUCUUCCCUGAUUUUCAAAUAAUCUCCGCUCUUUUUGGAGAAAACAUCCUUAUAAAUUGCUAAUCCUAUUAAAUUGCUGUGAAACACUGUCGCAGGAUUUUCAAAUGUUUAAACAAAGUUAGAGCGUCUUACGUGUGAUUCCAAGACAACGCCUAAUUUGUUCGGCCAAUCGUUUUAUGGCUGCCGCAAUGUGGCCUGGAGUAUUGAAGUUAUUGGUGUUACUAACAUUCUUGCUACAUCUAUCAAGAUGUGUGCAGGCGCAGAAAAAGGUGGUGAAUUUCCGGGAAAAGGAGAAGGAAGUGUUAGACGACAUUCUAGGACCAGGACGAUACGACGCUCGUAUCCGGCCCAGUGGAGAAAAUGGAACAGAUGGGCCGACAAAUGUGAAGGUCAACAUCUUUCUCCGCUCUAUCAGCAAAAUAGAUGAUUAUAACAUGGAGUACUCUGUACAGUUAACAUUCCGGGAACAAUGGCUGGAUGAACGAUUAAGAUUUAGUGAUUUUAAAGGUCGUCUAAAAUAUUUGACAUUGACGGAUGCAAGUCGCGUUUGGAUGCCAGAUCUGUUCUUUUCGAACGAGAAAGAAGGACAUUUUCACAACAUUAUUAUGCCGAAUGUGUACAUUCGUAUUUUUCCCAAUGGUUUCGUUCUAUACAGUAUACGGAUAUCCCUAACAUUAUCAUGCCCGAUGAAUUUAAAAUUAUAUCCCUUGGAUCGACAAGUUUGCUCGUUGCGUAUGGCAAGUUAUGGUUGGACAACCGAUGAUUUGGUUUUCCUGUGGAAAGAAGGAGAUCCUGUCCAAGUUGUUAAAAACCUACACCUGCCUCGGUUCACGUUGGAGAAAUUUUAUACCGAUUAUUGUAAUAGCAAGACGAAUACCGGAGAAUACAGCUGCCUGAAAGUUGACUUGCUGUUCAAGAGAGAAUUCAGUUACUAUCUUAUUCAAAUCUACAUCCCCUGCUGUAUGCUUGUAAUUGUAUCCUGGGUAUCGUUCUGGCUCGAUCAAAGUGCUGUACCAGCUCGAGUUUCACUUGGUGUUACUACCUUGUUGACGAUGGCUACGCAGACGUCAGGAAUAAAUGCCUCACUGCCACCGGUCUCUUAUACAAAGGCUAUCGAUAUUUGGACAGGCGUAUGCUUGACUUUCGUAUUCGGCGCUCUCCUCGAAUUUGCCCUAGUAAAUUACGCGUCGCGGAGCGAUAUGCACAGCGAUAACAUAGAGAAAAAGUAUCCACCGUCUGAAACCGAACAAUCCACGUCGAUGGAUUUACCCUCUGAUCAAGUCGAACCAGAUAAUUCGUCAAAUUUCGCUAUGACCGGAUAUGAUGGACCACUUCAACAUUCUCUACAGAAACCUCUGGUCCGACAACCGGAGGACACUAUGUCGAUGGAUAGGAUGCAGCACUGCGAAUUACAUAUGCAACCACGAAAAAAAAACUGCUGCAGGUCGUGGCUGUCCAAGUUCCCGACGAGGUCCAAGCGCAUCGACGUCAUCUCACGGAUCUUCUUCCCCAUCGUAUUCGCUUUCUUCAAUCUCACGUACUGGUCCACGUACCUGUUUCGGGAGGAAGAGCAAGACGAGUAAAUGUCGACGAGGAAGCGCUCGGAUCAAGGGACGUGGCUCGCGGCCAUUCCCAGUAUACUUACACCACAAGAACCACCACCGGUAAACCUUAUCAUCGUUCGCGUUCUCGUCGACUACAUCCAGACCAUCAGCAACCUCGUCAACCGCCCCAUGACUGUCGCCUGCAUCGGCAUUAUCCCCAACGCAGUAACAUCCAGCAACAACAGCCGCAACAACAUCUGCAGCAGCAUCAUCAUCAUCAGCAGCAGCAGCCGCCACCUCCGGCUCCACCGACACAAUAUCAAACGUUACCCUCGAACCAUAGACACAAACACCAUCCACGUUAUCAUCUUUAUCAAUCGCAUCAGCCGAGAUCCGCGUCGUUCUCGUCGUUACACAACGUGGUCGAAGGUAGCGGUAGAUGUUCGUCGUUACCGAGGGGUUUGCGGUAUUCGUUGAAAAGUCCUGCGAGAUCCUCGCCUUCGCCCUCGCCCUCGCCCUCGCCCACACCCUCCCCGUCACCCACUACGUCUCGCAGAGUGACACCGUCACCGCCCGCGGCGACUGUUCGAACAAUCCCGCCCCAAGACAUCCGCCAUUUCCAACAACAUCCGCUUCCCCGUACCGAGCGGUGCUGUUGGGGUCUUCUACCGCGACGUUGGUUCACCUGUCGAGCGAAAGGUACUGCAGGGAUUGACUUUGUCUCGCGUAUCGCUUUCCCUCUCAUGUUCAUCCUGUUUAAUCUGGGCUACUGGUCCACCUAUCUGUUCCAAGGUGACGAAGGCGAUUACAUGCAUAAGUAAAUUCGAUUCUGACAUCUAUUUCACGCCUGUCGUCAAUGGAUCGGACGAACGAGAGGAAAAGGUGAAUGUGCGAGCGACGUCAAGACCACGUCGUAUGCCGUGCUUCAAAGUCUGUCUGUAACUGCUGCCUCCAAGAAUUCUGUUCCCUGUAUCGCGGCGAAUUUUCCUACGAUGUGCGUCAUCCAAUGUGUCAAUGUUCUUAUCGAGAGCGAGAGGGUGUGAAAGAGCGUGUAACGUUACAUCAGACGUUCUAGUAAUAUUAUCUUCGAUACACUAAGACGAUGCAGGGAACAAAGAUUCGCUCGAUGCUCGUUUCGACGAGGAAAGGAUAACCGUAGAGAGAGAGAGCGGAAAAAUCGGGGAGGCAGAGCGUAUUCCGACAGAAGACUUUUUAAUAAUCCGUGCCUGAAGUUCGAUGACCAUAUUUUAAAGACCAAGGUAAGCGCAACGAAAUACGCAACGUUUGGUACGGUAGGGAGUAGUCGACGAGAUAUUAUAUUAUAUAUAAAUGAUAAUAUACAUAUAUAUAUAUAAUUAUAUAUAUUAUAUAUCAUAUAAUAUAUAAUAUAUAUAUGUAUAUUAUAUAUGUAUAUAUUACAUAACGAGACGCGAAAACGGGAAACGAACGUGGUGUAAGAAUUAUAAGCUCUUAUGAGACCGUAUACAUAUUAAUUAUACACAUAUAAACACUCCUCUGUAACAUAUUCGGAAGACCGCGUGCCACAGGAUGAUUAAUCAAUGUAGUGGGCCCUGUAUAGCCACGGCCUGUUAACGAACUACAUGCGAAUAAAUUUAUAAAUAAUAUAACGUAAUUAUAAUUGACAAGUAAAAAAGAAAAAAAGUCGUUAAAUGCAACAAUGAUUCCUGUGUAUAAAAAGAAAAUCCUCAGUCUAAACGGAAUUAACGAGUCAAUGUUAAGCAUAUUAUUUAAAUAACCCGAUGAUUAACAUUGAUUCGAAAGUGAACCAAAAGAGAUGAUAAAGACGUGAAAGAGAAAACGAUUAAAAAGAUAAAAGAAAAAAAAGUGAAAAAAAAAAGUAAAAGAGAAAAGUAACGUUCUCGAGGGGACAAUUAGCCGAUAUUACGAGAAAAAAAAUCGCAUUAUCACGAAGGAUUUAACAUUUAGAUAUUAAUUAUCGAUCGAGGCGGUAGUAUUACACACGGACACGCGACAGACGACUCUCUCCCUCUCUCCUCUCUCUCUCUUUCUAUCUCUCUCCCUUCCUCUUUCUUUUUCUCUCUUUUUCACACACACACAUACACGUCACGCACACAGACACACAAAAUAAAACGUUGUUCUCCUUUGGACUUUUUCGAGAUCUCGGGAUCUCUAAAGUAUUGCUCAUUGACCAGUCGAGACUGAGGAUAUUGUUCAAUGUGAAAAAUAUAUAGGUGGAAAGAAAAAACCGUAAAAAGAAAAAAAAUUGAAAAAAAAAUCGAAAAAAAGGUAUAUAUAAAUAUAUAUAUAUACAUAUAUGAAAAAAUGGACUGAAAUCGAAUGAAUCGAGCGAGACACGAUUCAUCGUCGGAUAAGGAGCGUAGAAAACUUUAUUUCCGAGCAAACGUACCGCAAAGAACGUUUGUCGAUAUCCGUAACGGGGAAAGAAUUAAAAAAAAAAAAAAAAAAAAUGAGAAAAAAACCAAGCAAAAAAAAAAAGAUGAAAAAAGAUCUAGAUAAGAUUGUGUUGCAAAGUAAUACGGAAGGAAAGGAGAAUACGAAGGGGUGGAAAAAAGCAGGGAUGAGAUUAAAGCGAUUUUAAUUUACUCUGCGCGUGCUUCGUUUUAAUUAUCGAUUCGAAUGGACCGCCGUUUCGAGACACGUCGAACAAAUUUCCUGCAUCGAGGCGGGUCUCUAUAGUAAUAUACGCGUAUAUUUUAUAGUAGAUCUAACGAGUGUUCUGUCCGUUCGUAUUCCUUUCGUUCAUUGCAUGCGACGAAAAUUCGUUUCUCGCCAACUAAUCUCUAAGGCACAUUAGAUUUCCUUUUGACAAGAGGCUCAUAGAGGAAAGUUUGUCGAACGAAUCCUUUGGCGUCUCAGUUUUCCGUAUUGUUGUUCGUUUGUCUGACCGUCGCCAUAUCGAUUCGUCGUUGAGAAAUAGUUCGAUGCUUCGAUCGUAAAGGGAAGCUUUUAGAUCAGAGGAAUGACAUAGACGAGGGUAAAUAACACCGAUAUUUAAAACGAAAAGAAAAAAAAAAUGAAGAAAAUAACAAAGCUUAAGGAAGAACAGUAAACAGAAGAAAGAAGAGAGCGAAAGAAACGACUGAAAGGAUGAGUAUAAUAUCGUGCGCAGGCGAGGAAGAAGAAGAAGAAGAAGAAGAAGAAGAAGAAGAAGAAGAAGGAGGAGGAGCAGGUGGAGGGAAGAGAAAAUAAAAAGAAUGGGAAAAGAGCGUUGUGCUGAUUUUAUCGUCGUUUCACGCUGUCCUUCCGUUUUGCUCAUUCUCGUUGAUUUGUCCGUUUAUCAUAGCACAAUGUCGGAUCAGUAUAACGUCCUGCUCAAUAACGACUGACAUAAAAACCAAUUAUGAUGAUUAAUUGUAUAUACGUAUUCUUAUCGUGACUAACGAGGUGUAACGCGAAUGAAUGAAUUCCCGAAUUUUAAACUGAAAUUUCGAUUUUAUCGAACGCGCCGUGCGACUCGUGGCCGCAAAUUAACGAUAAAUUGAGCGAGAGAUGGCGAAAGAAAGAAACUGAAAGCGAAAAUAAGAAUAAGAACAACGUAUGGUAAAUCGUUCAAUCGUCGAAAGUUCUCUCCGAACAGUAUUAUAAUUAUUAAAAGAGAGAAAAAAAGAAGAAAGAACGGAGAUAGAAAGAAGACGUAAGAAGAAGAGAAGGAAUAAAAAGAAAAGCGGAAAGAAGAAAUGACGAGCGUAGAGAAACUGACUCCGAAAUCAUCGUUGGUCACUGUCUACAUUCUACACGAUUACGGUGGAUGGGUGAACGAAUCGCCGGACUGGUCACAAAAUAAAUAUGGUAAAUCGUAAUUGCGCGACUAACGCGUAUCACGUUCAUUCUUCGUAAUUCAAAACCCGGCAAUCACGUUCAUGUUUUAUAUUAUCGGUACGAUACGAGUACGCCAUUUUGUCAGACUGCAUCGUUCCAGGCGUGUUUCAAAAUCAUAGAGGAACAAAAGAAAAACGUAAAAAAAUAAAGAAGAAAAAAAAAAGGAGACAACUCGUGGGAACGAUCGAGAAAGCGACAACCACGCGAGAUUACGAAGAAGAGCGAAGGAAACAAUAGGGUACAAUCUUUCUUUUCUUCGUGACGUCGCGUCGAGUCGCGUUUCUCGUUCGUUUAUUUCGUAAAAAAUAAAGAAACAAAUAGAUAAAAAAAGAAAAAAAAAGAAACGAGUCACACGCUGAGAAACGGCUGGUACGGUGUCGAUCUUAUCGUUGUCACCUUUCAAAAUUAGUAGCCAAACGAGAAAAAAGAAAAAGAUAGAAAGAAGAAAAUAUACGAGAGAAAUCGAUAAAUCGAAGAUGAGGUUUUUUCAUUUCGAUUCGGGAUUUUGUUUGGAAAAGCGAAAAAGAAAAAAGAAAGACGAAGAAGAAGAAAGAAAAGCGAGCGAUCAUCUUGCGGAACGCGACGUAUUUAUUUUUCACGAUAUUAUCGAGAAAAAAGAGAAGAACAAAUCGAGCGGCGAUUUUGAAGUGUAAGAUAUAAGAAAUGAAUGGGCAGAGGGGAAUGUUUCGUUCUUCAGCUAGUCUUUAAGUUUCUGUGUUCUUUGCCAGUGGCCAAUAGUUGAAGGCAGGAGAAAAAGUACAAUGAAAAUGAGGAUAAUUUAGAUUUAGUUGAUACGAGAUCAUAAGAGGAUAAUUUAAAGAGUAUAAAUACUUCGAUAUGAAUAUUCAAAUUUGCCCAACAGCUAUUGGCGGUAAUUUUACACAGCGCAACUCGCCCCCAUAUACAUCAAAUUUCAUCAGGGUAAUUAAUCGAGCUAACAAAAUCUACAUCUAUAAUUCCUGUUACUAAUACAGAUUCGACUAAGUUUGUUCUAAUUAUAAUCUUAAUGGAGAAACUUUGAUUUGUUAUGACACGAUUGAAAGAGAAUCUCUAUUUUAUCGAUUUGUUUUUCUACUCCUAAACCGCAGAUUUAUCGUAUAAGUAUCGUAGGAGUCUUUAAUAAGUAUGUAACGUUAAGUGAAAAUGUCUUAAAAUGUAAAUGGGAUUGUUAAUUUUUAUCUCUUCCAGAAUUCCAAUCCGUUGAUGAUAAAUACCGUUUUAUAUUUACAAGCAAGUUUCGUCGACCUUCUGUUUAUUCCGCGUGUUUGACUAUACUUAUCUAUAGAAAAAUCGUAUAUAGCGAAUCGUACAAACUACGUAUGCGAACACUAUGGGGGAAUUUUGAUAAGGUAAAUUAAAUUAAACUCGAAACGAUUUUAUUUGAGGAAUAAAAUAAAAUAUGUAUACGUAUAUAUGAGAAUAAUAUAGAUAAGAAAAGUCUGCCCUGUAACUUCAAAAUCGCAACAUUGUCGGGAGAAAAAGAUAAGGUACCUAUUUUAAAUUUCAAAAUACACACCUAAGGAUCUAAUUUUUAUUGUUUUAGUGCGUUUACUAUGUAAUAUUAUUAUAAGUACAAAAAAACGUUUCUCUAUGUAGUUUAAGAUAUGUAAUAAGUUGAAACAAGAAAGGAAUAUAUCUAUCAGAGAUUCACGAGUGUUGGUUAUUUUAAAAACAAAAAAGAAAAAAAAAGAACAAGUGCAGUAUAAAGUGAAAUCGAAUGAAUAGUUGAUUUAUGUUAUUACUCAGCGACUCCCUAAUGCAUAAUGCACCAUUUGAUGUAUAUUUGAUGAAUAAGAGAUUCUUGAAUCAAAAAAGAAAA